UCCUGACUCAUUUCCUUUCCGACCGCAGGCGGUCGAGUUGCUUUCUUUGAAGGAUCGCCUUCUAAGUUGUCGCUAGUUGGUUAGCGCCGUGUGGGCUUUUUCUCCGCUGUAUCUGACCGUCUGAGGCUUGGAGGUGGCCGGGGACGAUGACGGUGAGAGAGAGUUGGCAGCGAAACGUCGGUCGCAUGACCUUGUCACUGCUGGUGUUAGCGUUACCGGUCUCAGUUCAAGGACUGUCUCUACAUGGGAAGCACAACACAAUUGCAGAACAGAAUCAUGAAAACCAGGUCAAGAGUGCAUUGACUCAAAACAAUUGGACUGCUCAAGAUUUUCAUUGCCCUAAAGAGAACUAUUACCCAGUUAGUGCCAAUCUAUGUUGCCUCAAGUGUCCUGCAGGAGCCUACGUGGCUGAAAACUGUAACACACCUUAUACCAGGGGGAAGUGCCAGCCUUGUACUGAUGGAGAAGACUAUACUGAAUGGCCUAAUGGUCUGGACAGUUGCCUGGCCUGCCACUCUUGUCGAGAAGAUCAGGAAGUAGUGUCUCAUUGUACAGCACAGAACAAUACCGUGUGCCAGUGCAAAGCAGGAAGAUUCUGUUCACCAGAGCAGUCCUGUGAGAUAUGUCGGAAGUGUAAAGCCAGCUGUCCAGAAGAUCAGACUGUGAAAGCUGAAUGUACUCCAACAUCAGACACUGUGUGUGAAGCAAAACAAUCCUCUGCAGGUACUCUUUCCCGACGUACAAUUGCUUUGAUUGUAAUCGUUCUUGUCCUGAUUUUUGUAUUUGUCUGUCUGGUUGUCUGGUGUAAGAAAACUGAAUUCGGCAAGACAGCUGGAUGCUUCCAGACUACGAGAUGCAAAAUCCCGUGGCGCAAUAAGUAUACAAUCGUCAGUUCGGUGUUAAACAUGUUGAUGCCCAAAAUGGACAAUGGAGGUCACCAGGAAAAGGGAACAAGACAAGACCGCGACAGGACAAUGCAGGAUGUGGUCACAGAAUCAAGCUUUCACACAGCUUCAGCAAAUCCUAAGAACUGGCAUGGCCAACGAAUGAGAGAUUCUGACUAUGAAUUUGCGCCGACAGGAGACAUUCCAGUGCAGGAUGUUAGGAGCCUGGGUACAAUCAGUGGAGGAGGGAGAGCAAGUGAAAUGGCAGGCCUUGGAAAAACAGACAGUAAUUGUAACCAAGAUUGGAAUGAGAGGAUGAGUUUGUUGCCGAGCUGCUCAACUACCUCAACAGAAUCCCAUGCUGAAAGUCUCCUGCAGAGCCCGACUGGGAUGACCUCUGGCUCCCUGACCGAUCCUUUGAUGGGGAUAAUUCAACCUGAACAACGGAUGAAAAUUUUCAGAUCAAAUCACACUGGAGCUAAGGACAAUGAUAAGAGAGAUGCUGCCAAUUCAGAGAGUUCAUUGCUGAAUUCAUUCAGCACUCUGCAUCUGGAGCAGUCUCCUGAUAAAUACAAGGAAAGCCCUCACCCUUUUCAGCUGGCUGAAGAAUUGUCUAAAAGCAAAGGUUUGUUGCAGUAUUUCCCAUGCUUUCUCGAUCAUGUCCCUAUCAGAAGAUGGAAGGAGUUUAUGCGAAAACUUCAACUAACUGAAAAUGAGAUUGUCGAGGCUGAACGCAACAAUGUAAAUGACAUUAGGGAAGGACACUAUCAGAUGCUUCGUACUUGGUUUCAGAAAGAGGGUAACAAAGCCUCAAUUACGUUUCUGCUGCAGACUCUAUAUGACAUGGAACUGGUGAAAGCAACAAAUGACGUAUACCAAUCUAUACUUAAUGAUGGAACCAAAGAGCACUGAAUUUUGGGAAUGAUUUUACAGAAAUUUUUGAUCAGAAGUGCAAGUGGUUGCACGAGGUCUGCUGGGGCUCGCACGGACUGACAUUGCACAGCACUUUUGGCUUGGAAAAUUAAAAUGGACUCUUGUGUUCAGUGACUACAGACUAUACUGAAACACAAGGACUGCAUAGAAUGGCAGUAUAGAACACAGAAUGUGUCACUACCUCCAUCCUUUUUUUAAAUCAAUUCAGUAUUGGUUACCAAGGAAGUUUAAGCGCUUGCCUAGAGUAACUAAACUGGCAUUUGUUAGAAGUUAGCGAUAUUUGUAUUUUUUAAGACUUUUUUA